AUGCUGUUCUCGCAAUUCUUUACCUCUGCCUCUGUUGGCCUUCUGCUCUCUUUGAUUGACCAAGUGACUGCUAGCCCUGUGUCCCCUGGCGCACCUAAGCUAGAACUUCUUUACCAACUGAAUCUUACCCUUGGAGAUGCUCUCUCGUUCGGUCCUGGUCCCAAAGGAACUCGACUGUCUAUCCCCAUCACGGGUGGGGAGUUCUUUGGACAAAAGCUGUCUGAUAUCACUUCAGGCAAGGUUCUUAAUGUGGGGGCUGACUUGGGUCUCGUUGACGGCAAAGGGACCUUCUUUGCAAACGCAUACUACCAGUUCCAGACAGACGACGGUGCCAAUAUCCUGGCACACGCUGAUGGGCCCGGCGUACAGAACGGCCCACAUCCCGUGACACGUAUCACGCCGGAGACCGGAAGCGAGAAGUACUACUGGUUGAACAAUGUCGUCGUGGUGGGAGAGCCUACCCUCAGAAAUGGUUCUGUCAGCAUCAAUGCGUCGCAGAUUAUCUCUACCGCUUGA